AUGGAUGAAAUGUCGUUGAUCACCACUACAUUAGCAUUAGUUUCCUGUUACCUAGUUUAUCUCGUUGUUGCACGACUUUAUCUAAGCCCUCUUGCUCAAUUCCCCGGACCCAAGCUAGCUGCCUUGAGCAAUUGGUAUGAGUUCUACUAUGAUGUCCUACAGCAGGGGCAAUUCACAGCUCAUAUUCAGAAGCUACAUGAUGACUACGGACCAAUCAUUCGAAUCACUCCUACGGAGCUACACAUCAAUGAUCCUGACUUCUUUGACAUCUUGUAUGCACGCGAUGGGCGCCGGCACAAGUACUCCUAUUUCUCCGGCCGUUUUGGCUACGCAAGCGACACCUUCUCAACAUGGCAACACGAACUCCAUUAUCAACGUCGGAAGGCGCUUAGUCCAUUCUUUUCAUUGAAAAGCAUUAGGGAGUUUGAGCCUGUCAUCCGGGCAAAGGUAGACAAAUUAUGCGCAAAACUGUCAGCAUCCGUCGACGAUGGACGUGUGCUGCACCUGAAUCGAGCUUGGAUGGCGUUGACUACAGAUGUCAUCACUGAAUAUGCUUUCGCCAAGUCAUAUGACCAGCUUGAUUCGCCCGACUUUCAGGAAACUUUACAUGAUGCAUUAGUCGCUAUCUAUACCACAGGCCAAUUUGCUCUUCAUUUUUCUAUCGUGUUUCCUAUCUUGGACACCCUCCCUGACUGGCUAGUGAGCAAGAUGGAGCCACGGUUGUUGCCAGUAAUUGGCCUGAGUAAGGAUCUCGGUCGCAAGGUAGAAGAAAUUCGUACUGGAUUCAACAACCUACAUCAAGACACUAAACAUGCAACAAUUUUCCAUGAGUUGCUAAAUAGUGAUCUUCCAGAAGAGGAAACGACCAACAAACGACUAGGUGACGAAGCACAGUUGAUAGUGGCAGCCGGACUGAUUACCACUUCUUGGGCCUUGACCGUUGCCAGUUUUCAUAUCAUUAACAACGCUGAACGGUACACAAUGCCAAUUUUCAUGACCUCGAAAAACUUCCAUAUCUUCAUGGAUGUAUACGGCGACUGGAUUAUCCCUCGCAAUACUCCCGUGUCAAUGAGCAAUGUCGAUAUCCUGAUGAACAAAGACAUAUAUCCUGAUCCAGAAAAGUUCAUACCGGAGCGAUGGCUCGAUAAUCCCAAUCUAGAUCGCCACUUUGUACCAUUCGGUAAAGGAUCACGUAUGUGUUUAGGUAUCAACCUGGCUCAGGCCGAACUAUACCUGGCUAUUGCAACGGUUUUUAGUCGUUUUGAGUUCGAUCUGUAUGAAACCGAUUUGUCGGAUGUGCAGAUGAAAUAUGCCUUUCUCGUGCCGUAUCCGAAGUGGGACACAAAGGGGAUGCGAGUGAGAGUCAAGCAACCGGUUUGUGAUUGA